AUGGAGAAGGAACUGGAUUUAACACUGAGGUUGGGUCUGCCAAGUCCCGCUGUUGAGACACAUCUGAGCUUAGACACUUCUUCCACCACUAAUCAGAGGAUCAACAUCGACGGUGGCCCCAAUGACGGCGGCGAGACUCACGGCCGCCGUCACAUCCUCGGGAAUGAAAAUGAACCAGACGAACGUCACGUCGACGUCAAUACGAGAUAUUACAACUUAGUCUUCAACCACUUCGCCGGCAUCGGCGAGACUUUGAACUUCGCUCCGUUUCCGAUACAACCAUCUCCGUAUUCUUUUCCGGUGACGGCGCCGGAGACUCCUAGGAGGAGUGAUUAUGUUCUGUUCGAUGUCCCUGCUAGGAGAGCAGUUCGUAACUCUAUAACUAUUGAAAACGCUCCGGGCCGGAACGCCAAUUUGAAACAGCAUCGCGGUUGCGGCGGCUGUUGUGGCUGGAUGAAGAGGUGUACGAACCAGAACUGCAACGCGAUUAACACUCCUAUGUGGCGAAGGGGUCCUCUUGGUCCAAAGACUUUAUGCAAUGCUUGUGGGAUAAAGUUCAGAAAGGAGGAAGAUAGGAGAUCAAAGAGGACUUGUUGA